AUGCCAGAAAGCUCAUCUGUUGAUAAACCACUUUUACUUAAAGGUGGGACAAUUGUAAACCAUGAUGUGACUUUCAAAGCAGAUGUAUUGAUUCAUGAUGGAAUUAUACAGGCUAUUGGCGAAGAACUUUCUUGUCCAAGUGACACUAGAGUUGUCGAUGUAAGUCAUAAAUUACUGUUGCCUGGUGGAGUUGACUUGGAUUGUCAUAUCGGUGUGGCAGAUUCAUUCGACCCUGUGGCUGAUAAUUAUGUGUCUGCUGGGAAGGCAGCUCUUCUUGGUGGUACAACUACAAUCGUAAACACGAUCAAUGCACAUCCUGAUCGUUCUCUCAUAUCUACAAUUCAUAGCGAAGCUGCUCUGCGUUGUUUUAUUGAACAACGUCGUAUGUGUAGAGGCUUGCUCUAUGGACAGACUAGUGUAUCAGCCAUUGCAGCACCGCUUGUUGCAAUAAAUUCUAAUGACUGUGCGAAUGGCGUAUUUACUAGCUCAAAGGAUUGGGCUACGGCUGCUAGCUACGUGAACUGUCCACCGUUAAGACCGGAUGUUCAGCUCAGUCAGAAACUACUCACUCACCUCAUAUCUGAAGACCUAGUAUCUGUCGGUUCAGGUCAUCGAGCUAUAACUACUGCAGUGCGCGCAACUUUCGGUCUGAAAAACCCUCUGAAAAUACCUCAUGGUAUUGCAGCUUUAGGCUGUCGAAUGAUCGUUCUUUGGCGUCAUGGAGUGGAAAGUGGGUCUCUAGAUCCGUGCACAUUCGUUAAAGUAACCAGUACCAAUCCUGCUCGACUGAUGAAUCUAUAUCCUCAGAAAGGUAGAAUAGCAGUUGGUUCUGAUGCCGACAUUAUUAUUUGGUCGAAUUCUUUCAAACAAGAAAAUUUCAAAAACAUUUUUCCUAACGAUGUGCCCAACAUAUUUACUGUUACUACUUCAAGUUAUCAAUCAGGUCCAGAAAUGGUUUUGUUACGGGGUCGUAUUGUGGUCGAAAAUAAUGAACUUUUAGAUGAUGCUUGUUGUGGUGUUUUGCUUACUUCGCAACCUUUUUCCCAGUAUGUUUACGGUCGGGUGAAUGCUGUGGAAAAAAAUGUAAACUCUGAAUAUACACCACUGUCGCGUGAACCAUAUAUGGGAAAUGUAGCUAAUGAUGCUCCUGUUGAUAAUUCAGAUCACUCUAAAGAAGGUUACUAUUUUCGAAAGGAAUAUUUUGACAAUAUGCCUAAAGAAGCACUACCACCUGGUCAAAGAAAAAUACAUACAUCAGUGAAAACAGCCCAACCUCCUGGAGGUUCAUCGAAUGCAUUUUGGAUGAAUGAAUAA